AUGGGCAUUUUUAGUGAAUUACAGUCAAAAUUAUCGCCUUCAAUUAGGUUUAUGACUAAAAGUUCAAUUUGUACUAAACGACGGCUAAUAUUUUACUAUAGCAGUACAACUAGACCCUUCUGUAGUAAGAAUGCCACAGCGGAAAGUGAUAGUGGAGGAACGUGGCCAAGACGUGUGGUGUCAGGGCUCCAGCCUACUGGCGAGUUGCAUGUAGGCAACUAUUUUGGUGCAUUGCGGCGUUGUGUGCGGCUGCAACAGCAAGGCGAUGAUGUGAUGCUGUUCAUUGCUGAUUUACAUGCUUUAACAGUUCGCCAGGAUGGCCAGCUGCUGGAAGAGCGCGUUCUGGACAUGACAGCGCUGGCGUUGGCUGCAGGCAUAGACCCGGAGCGCAGCGUGCUGUUCGUGCAGUCUGCGGUGCCGCGUCACGCGGAGCUGUGCUGGCUCCUCGCCUGUCUCGCCACUCACGCGCGCCUCGCACACUUACCGCAGUACAAGGAGAAAUCCGCAACCAUGAAGGAGGUCCCCAUUGGACUCAUGCUAUACCCCGUGCUUCAGGCGGCGGACAUACUGGUGUACCGCGGUACACACGUGCCGGUUGGCGCAGACCAGCUGCAACACCUGCAGGUGGCCUCGCAGCUGGUGCGCACGUUCCGCCACCGCUACGGGCCCGCCUUCCCCACGCCGCGACCUCUUCUGCCCGAUGAUGGCAGUGACAGAAUAAAAAGUCUACGGGAUCCUUCUAAAAAAAUGUCAAAGUCAGAACCAGAUCCCAAAUCAAGAAUAUUAUUGACAGAUUCAGAUGAAACUAUAACACUUAAGAUAAGAAAAGCUGUCACCGAUUUUACUCCAGAGGUGACGUACGAGCCGGAGACGCGGGCGGGCGUGUCGAACCUGGUGACGCUGCACUGCCUGGCCGCGGACAAGCUGCCGGAGGAGGCGGUGGAGGAGGCGGCGGGGCUCAGCACGGCGCAGUACAAGCGCGAGGUGGCGGGCGCGCUGUGCGCCGCGCUGGCGCCGCUGCGCGCCCGCGCCGCCGAGCUACGCGCGCGCCCCGCCCACCUGCACGCGGUGCUGCGCCACGGCGCGGCGCGCGCGCGCCUCCGCGCCGACGAGACCUACGAGCACGUGGCCAGCCUCGCCGGCCUCACGCGCACGCACCCACACUCCGCUCUACACCGCACCGCCAUUGCGUCACCACGAUAA